AUGUCGAAAGAAAUAUCGACUACUAUCCACGGGGAAACCCUCGAUGUGGAACGUAUCGUCGAGAAAUCUGUUGGUCAAGAGAUCAGAGAGCAGGCCAGAGGAGGUGCCGAGGAGGAACACAACCUCCCGCCCCUUGAGGCCAUUCGCAAGUACCCAUGGACUCUCUUCUGGUGCCUGGUCGUCUCCAUGUGUGUCGUCAUGGAAGGUUACGAUACUAAUCUUCUGAAUAAUUUUUACGCUUAUCCGACGUUUGCGAAAAAGUACGGUCAUUGGAAUGAGGGGACCAAUAAUUACCAGCUGGAUGCAGCUUGGCAGGCUAGUCUUGUCAAUGCUGCUCCAGUUGGUGCCUUCUUUGGUACUCUCUUGAACGGUGUUCUCGUUCCUCGGUUCGGUCACAUCAAGGUGCUCAUUGGCGCUUUGCUGUCUCUCAGCGCCUUCAUCUUCAUCGUAUUCUUCUCCCCCAACACCACCGUUCUGCUGGUCGGUGAAAUCCUCUGUGGUUUGCCUUGGGGAAUCUUUACCACGACUGCCCCGGCGUAUGCUUCCGAGGUGCUGCCCAUGUCUCUGAGAGUCUACAUGACCAGUUGGGCCAACAUGUGCUUCAUCAUUGGUCACCUCAUCUCAGCUGGUGUCUUGGCUGGUCUCGUCAACAACACAACGCAGUGGGCAUACAGAAUCCCUUUCGCUCUCCAGUGGUUCUGGCCCUGUGUUUUGAUCCCUGUCAUCUUCUUUGCCCCAGACACGCCUUGGCAUCUCGUCCGCGUUGGACGUCACGAAGAUGCUCUCAAGUCCCUCGCUCGCCUCCGGCCCAAGGCUACAGAGACGGAGCUCCGCGAUGCCCUCGGUCUCAUCAUCUACACCAACGACCUUGAGCACCAACUCUCCGUCGGAACUUCAUACUGGGACUGCUUCAAGGGUUUCGAACUUCGACGAACAGAGAUUGCUUGCAUGGUGUUUGCUGGUCAGAUCUUUACUGGUCUCAACUUUGCCUAUAACUCGACCUACUUCUUCCAGCAGAUUGGUCUCGACCCAACCACGACCUACCAUCUCAACGUCGGCGGCACUGGCAUGGGUCUAUUCGCGACCCUCAUGUGCUGGAUCUUUGUCAUGCCCUAUGUUGGAAGACGCACUGCCUACCUCUGGGGUAUUUUCGUCAUGACAAUCCUCCUCAUGUUGAUUGGUGGUCUCAACAAAAAGACGGAGAAUGACAGUGUUGCCAUGGCCCAGGCUGUGCUGGCUCUCAUCUGGACAUUCGUCUUCCAACUGUCUUCUGGACAACUCGGCUGGGCCAUUCCCGCCGAGAUUGGAUCCACGAGACUCAGGCAAAAGACGAUCUGCCUUGCUCGCAAUGCCUACGCCAUCGCCAAUAUCGUCUCUGGAGUCUUGCAGCCAUACUUUAUGAACCCGACCGAGUGGAACCUCAAGGGAUACACCGGUUUCAUCUGGGGCGGGACUUCAUUCUUUAUGUUCAUCUGGACUUACUUCCGUCUUCCAGAGACCAAAGAUCGCACCUUUGAGGAGCUUGAUUUGCUGUUUGCUAAGGGUGUGCCGGCUCGCAAGUUCAGUACUUAUAACAUCGAGACGUUCCGUGAUACUGAAACUGGAACUGAGAAGGUGCAAUCUCAUGCCUCUAUGGCGUAG